AUGGCAUCCACUUCGCACCUAAGCGAUCCUUCCCCAGUUUGCACCGGUUCCUCACCUCCUACUCAGUUUCCGCCUACAAAACCGGAAAAUCUUUCUACCUAUCCCUCCUCAGCUCCUCAACUAAAUCCGAAUAUCUCAUCCGGUGACGUACCGCCACAAACGCGUCCGACACCUCAGACUAUCAUUAUUCCGGCACCCACUACCAUACCUCAAUAUGCUGGAAAACCUACUGAAAAACCUCUCCAGUUUUUACUUCGCCUUCAGCACUAUGCUUCAAGCAUGUACGGCUGGACUGAUACCGCAUUACUGCAGGAUACUGGAUCUACAUUAACACUAAUUAGCGAUACGGUCCUGAAACUUCUCGACCGUCAUGCACUCGGUCUUCCUCAACGUGUUCCUUCCAUCACGACACAUCCUGGUGCAAAACCUACCAACUCUCAGCCUUAUCGCAUGGCUCCACUUAAACAAGCUCAUGCAUCAACUGCAGUUGACGACAUGUUACACGAUGAUGUUAUCUCAUCGUCCUCUAGCCCAUGGGCAGCUCCCGUUGUUCUUGCCCCCAAAAAGGAUGGUACUCUCCCUUUUUGUGUGGACUAUCGCAAACUUAAUGCGCUUACUGUAAAGGAUGCAUAUCCCAUUCCCCGGGUAGACGAUACCCUUGAUUCACUGCAGCAAGCCAAGUUUGUUUCUACUUU